AUGGCGGGAGCAGAGGUGGGUACCCCUGCAAACCCCACCUGCAAGAUUAUGACCUUCAGGCCAACCAUGGAGGAUUUCAAGGACUUCAACCAGUACCUGGUUUAUAUGGAGUCUCAGGGUGCACAUCGUGCAGGCCUGGCUAAGGUGAUCCCUCCGAAAGGCUGGAAACCUCGUCAUACCUACGACGAUAUAGACGAUCUAAUGAUUCCUGCCCCCAUCCAGCAGAUGGUGGCUGGCCAGUCAGGAUUGUUCACUCAGUACAAUAUCCAGAAGAAGCCUCUGAGUGUGCAGGAGUUCAGGCGACUCGCUAACAGUGACAUGUAUUGUACCCCUCGCUAUCUGAACUAUGAAGAUCUUGAGAGGAAAUACUGGAAGAACCUCACUUUUGUCUCACCCAUAUAUGGUGCUGAUGUCAGUGGCAGCCUCUAUGAUGAGGAUGUAGAGGAGUGGAACAUUGGCCACCUGAACUCCAUCUUGGAUGUAAUUGAGGAGGACUGCGGUGUAUCUAUCCAGGGGGUCAACACACCAUAUCUGUACUUUGGCAUGUGGAAGACCACCUUCUCUUGGCACACCGAGGAUAUGGACCUGUACAGUAUCAACUACCUCCACUUUGGAGAGCCUAAGUCCUGGUAUGCCAUCCCACCGGAACAUGGGAAAAGACUGGAGCGUCUGGCUACAGGUUUCUUUCCAAAUAGCUUCAAAGGAUGUGAGGCUUUUCUUCGUCACAAGAUGACUUUAAUCUCCCCUUCCAUACUGAAGAAGUAUGGAAUCCCCUUUGAUAAGAUUACUCAGGAGGCUGGCGAGUUCAUGAUCACUUUUCCUUACGGCUACCAUGCUGGCUUUAAUCAUGGUUUCAAUUGUGCUGAGUCCACCAACUUUGCCACUCUGCGUUGGAUAGACUAUGGCAAAGUGGCCACCCAGUGUACAUGUAGUAAAGACAUGGUAAAAAUAUCCAUGGAGCCCUUUGUGAAGCGUUUUCAGCCUGACCGUUAUGCUACCUGGAUGCUGGGCAAAGACUCGACGCUGAUUGACCACACCCUCGCCACUCCUAGUACAACUCCUGAGCUGCAGAGCUGGUUACACAGGCGGCGCAAGACUAAACCUUCCAAUAAAGGCAGCACCCACUCCCGUAUGAGAUCCAAGCGCCUCAGAACAACAGAGGAACCUGUUGGGCUUGUUGGCAGCUCAUCUCUGAACAAGAAGAAAGUCCUGGGGGGUCCAAUUAGGCCGAAGGUACGACGGCCAGCUGCAGCUACUAGUUGCAGGUCAGGAAAGGAAGCUGACAUCGAGACUGGAAAUGAAAUGGAAGCUAAAUCAAAGCACAACCAGAGUCAGAACUCCAUUCAGAUUCCAGGUCCUUGCAGACAGAUGUGUGUGGUCAAGGUAACACGUGUCGAGAGCGCCAUUUUGGCUUGUUCUAAUAUGGAGCCACCCCAAAUCUCUCAGUCUAACAACUUUCCGUCUCCUCCUUCACCUGUAAACAAUGGCCCAGUGGCAGAGACAGCCACUCAGGGGACAACAGGGGUUACUGACAGGACUCCUGAAGGACUCGAACACUGGCCCGAGGCUACCCACGUGGAUGUAGAAGUAAAUGAGCCAAGACAACAUCAUCUUGACCCCAACGUCUCCAUUUCUCAGGACUCCUGUGUCAGUGUCAGCACAUCAUUGCAUACCACAAGCAUUUCUGUUGAGGCUGACGUGGGCUCGUGUCCUGAUACUGAAGUUCAGACAUUGAAUGCCUCUUGUACAGAUGAUGCUUUACAAGUGGCAGCAAACGGUGACAGUAAUAUUAAUUCUGAGGAAUAUGAUAACAGCUCUGCUAAAGCAGAGAAAAUUGACUGCAAUGACCCAAAACAUAUCAGUAUGAACUCCACCACAGAAGCACUUUAUGAUCCUAGCACUGAGCCAGUAGAGGGGGAUAGUUACCCGUCAUGUAGCUCUUUCUCCUUUUCAGGGCAUGAUUGCAGUGUAGAAAGUGGCAGCACAGAAGAAAACCUUUUUCCCCCUCUGCUGCAGAACAGCGCAGUGGAUAUGCCACUUCUCACACCCGAGACAGUGGAUAAAAUUGGAGGGUGUCCUUUGCCACCAGUACUGACACAAGAAAUGCCGUCACUUACACCUGCCAACGAUGGACCAACUGAUGUCCAGCCAUCACAGUCAUACACACACCAGAUUGCACCUGUGCUUCAGCGGGAGACACCAACUAGCUCUGUGUCCUCACAGGAAGACCUAACAAAGUCAAAAGAAACUCUCGCAGUAGAACAAGCCAACAACUGGCACUUAAAUUGUCCAUAUAAAUGCGAAGAGGCAGCAGCAUCUGGUUUGGACGGUAGUGCAAUUCAUUUAACUACCAAUGCUCUGCACAAAAUAGCAUCUGGUGGUGGCAGUGAAAUGCAAAUACUACCAGUAGUUCCUGGUGAGGAGGACCAAACAAAGUUGGAAAACCUUAUCCCUGCAGCAAGUAAUACUGCCCAUGACCAGUUCGAUCAGAAUGCUACAAUCCAAACAGAGCAUGAAUCUAGCUUUAGAACAGUAACAAGUAAAAGUCAUUCUCAAGAUGCAGGUCAGAAUGAUAAUGUGUUCAGUCUGGAAAACACAGGUUCUCUUUUAAAUGACACUUCAAACAUUAAUGCACCGGGCUUUUCACUCCCUUUGGUUACUCAAAAUGAUAGUCAAUCAGUUUUACAGUUCCACCAAAUGGAUAAAACUCCUCUUCACACUACAUACUCCUCCUCGGAUUGUGCUUCCCAGCAUCCAUACAUGGAGCACAAACCUUUCUCCUCCAGCAUCUGGAAAAACCUCACUUCCCAAAGUUCUGCGGUGCUUAUUCAGAGUCUCCGACCAGAACUGCCUUCUGACUUCACCCAUGACCCCCUACCUUACACCAUGUGGACGGAGCCGCAGUGCAGAGAAGUCACAGACCUGGAGGACCCAGAACAGGACCUCCGUCAGGCAGACAACCAUGGAGAUGGUACAUCAACUCUAACAUGGGCCCAGUUGGAGCCCACCUCUCUAGUUUCAGUUGGUGCUGCAGAGCCGUUGGGGCUUUGUGGGGAUUAUGAGCUCCACAGAGGAGAAAUGGAAGGAGCCGAAGCCCUCGCCCUAUGCAGGGAGCUGGGGAGACAAACCCAGGCCGAGGGGAGUCUCCACCUAGAUAGGGCUGUUCCUCCCCUACAAAUUGCAGGAGGAGGACAGGAUGUGGUGUCAGACAUGGAAGACACAGAGUCUGAGGGAGAAGAGGUGGAGCAGCAAUGUUGUAUCAAAGAGGAGAGUAGCAGUGGCUCAUCUGAUGAAGAGGAGGAAGAGGAUGAAAACUAUAUCAGCAACUACAAGUGUGAUGAAUCAGCCCUGGAACCCGGGGAGGUUUGUGCUUACUCUCCCCUAUCGAUGAAGAGGACCACUAAGAGCUGGCGUCACCCACUCAGGAAACCUACUGCCAGAGCUGUGCCCACUGCUGUCAAACAACAGGCUGCUAGUGAUGAUGAACGCGCUGAAGAAAGCAUGCCGGAGGAGGAGGAGGAAGAGCAGGAGACAGAAGCGUGGGCUAAGCCGCUCAUCUACCUGUGGCAGAGCAAGAAGAGCUGCUUCACAGCAGAGAGGGAGUACAAUGCCCAUGCUGCUACCAUGCAGCCAUACUGUGCUGUCUGCACACUCUUCAUGCCCUAUUAUCAGGUUGAAGACACAUUUGUUGACAAUGGACAUACACCACCUACAGAUACACACAAGCCCUCAUUUUCUAUGGAAGAACCUAUGCAUACCAGUAGAGGUCUAAGGAGAACCAAACCCCUGAUCCCAGAGAUUUGCUUUUCAUUCCGUGAACAGAACUGCCUCCCAAGUCCUACUAACCCUCUGCUCCAAGAAGAUGGCACGUCUCCCCUGUUGGCCUGCCAGGGUUGCUGCUUGCAAGUCCACGCAAGUUGCUAUGGUGUUUGCGCCACAGACGUCAGUGAACAGUGGUCAUGUGAUCGUUGUGUGGAAGGAAGCUUUACUGCAGAAUGCUGCCUUUGCAACCUCAGGGGUGGUGCGCUGAAAAAAACCAAAAAUGACAAGUGGGCCCAUGUAAUGUGUGCAAUAGCACUGCCAGAGGCGAGGUUUAGUGAUGAACUCAAGAGAAGUCCCAUUGACACCAGCAGGAUCCCCAUGCAGCGAUACAAACUGAAGUGCAUCUAUUGUCGUCAGCGCUGUGCGGGGAAGCGGCAUGCAGGUGCUUGUAUCCAGUGUUCAUGCGGCCGGUGUCCCACCUCCUUUCAUGUGACCUGUGCCCAUGCUGCUGGUGUCUUCAUGGAGCCUGAUGAUUGGCCAUAUGUGGUGUCAAUCACCUGCCACAGACACCAGUCACGGAGUACCUCAGCUAAGCACCGAGUGUCCCAGGCAGCCAUUACUUUGGGCCAGACGGUGAUCUCCAAACAUAAGAACCUGCGAUACUACAGCUCCAGGGUCACACAGAUCAGCUCGCAGACCUUCUAUGAGGUCAUGUUUGAUGACGGGUCCUUCUCCAAUGAUACCUAUCCUGAGGACAUAGUGAGCAGAGAUUGUGUUAACUUGGGUCCUCCUGAAGUGGGUGAAGCUGUGAAAGUUAAGUGGCCUGAUGGUCUUUUUUACGGAGCCAAAUACCUGGGAUCCAGUGUUUCCUACAUGUACCAGGUGGAGUUUGAGGACGGCUCACAGGUGCUGGCAAAGAGAGACGACGUCUAUACUUUAGACGAAGACCUGCCGAAAAAGGUGAAGCGUAGACUCUCCACAGCCUCAAGCAUGCGUUUCCAGGAUGCCUUCUUCACCACACAGGGGGAGAGGAAAAGGCAGCGAACGCCCAAUUCGUGGUUCCAGAAAGACUUCGUGGCCCUGCCAGGCCUCCGUACAGCUGCCAAAAGCACGUGGGAGCCGCGCAGCCACAAAGGGAAAUGAAGUCAUGGAGAAGGAUCAGAGAGGAAUGGAGGCACUGACUUGACAGCGGCAGAAGAACGGAGGUUGUUUUGUGCGUCUUGAGUUUGUGUGCGUACACUUGUGUGAGUUUAUUGGAUCGCCUUCCACUUUAUGUUCCCCACACAACUUUCCUUGGAACGGCUCAGAAGAGAGACUUAAGGGAAUGGAUGAUUUUGGUGCAACUUCUACAUAAUACGUCAAUGAUUGGUGGGCGGAUGCUGUGAUGGGCUUUAGGAGCUUUCUGAUUGGACAGUUGGACUCUGCGAAAUAGGUUAAUGGGCAUCUGUUGCAUCCGUUGCCAAAACGCUGUCACAUCUAUCAGGAGAAAAAAUAAAAAUAAAAUCAGUGACAUUGUCACAUCACCUUUUUGGAAAUAAAAACUUUUUCUUUUGUACAUGAAAGGUUGAGAAGUUUGGGGUUUUUCUAAAUAGCUUGCCGCUGUUAGCUUUUUUUUCUGGGUCCAUCUUAAUUUAGAACGUUUCUGCACUUUGCUGGCAGUAUUUUGUCAUCUGUUACCGUUUUUCCACGCAUGCUAGACCUCGUCUCCUAACUGCUUCCGCUGAAUUCAAACACACUACAAUGGCUUCUUCUCUGCACAUUUUUGAGUUCAAACUUAAAAAAAUAAAAGUUUAUGAAAUUGAAAGAAUAAUUCCCAGAAGUGUGCCGUACCCUCGGAGGGGAAGAUCAGAUGUGAAAUCAUUCUACUGUGUUGGAUUCUGUCCUAUUAACGUGAAAUGCUACUGUUGCUCUGUUGAAUGAAACACAUUGAUGAAAUUAUUUAAAAUUUGUAUUUAUUUUUGGCUUGCUAUAGUUGAAUAUUGCUAACUGCUGUAAAAGGAAAGCAAAA